CGGAAACGUUCGACGGCCAGUGGACGUGGUGCCAGACAUUAGACGGGCCCCAUGUUAGCGUCCAGCGGGUGAAGGGAGGAGGUGAAGCCGCAUCAUGUGCAGCAUCCAGCGGCUCAGAGCGCUCGUCAACGAGCGUCUGUCGGCGGCCGCGGAGGAGAUCUUCGAGGCGGUGCAGAGAACCAUCGCGGGCUACGAGCGGGAGAUGCUGCAGUCCGAGCAGGAGAUCCGGCGGCAGCGCAGGAUGCUGCGGGGCUUCCUCCGCCCGGAGCCCGAGGUCCACAAGCCGCAAGACCAACCACAGCUGGCUCUUUCCGUCUGGAACGAGGACUUUGCCUCCGAUCAGCUGCAGCCGGACGAGCGGUGUGAGCCCGACUGGACCUCCGCUCUGGAACAGGACGACGAGGAGCCUGAGAAACACCCAGAGGAGCUCCCCAGUAAAGAGGAGGACCACCCCAUCAGCUUCGUCUUCACAGGGCCGCACUUUAAGAACGAGCUCAACCACCAGAGUCCUGGAGGAGGAGGAGGAGAUCCUCCGCCGAGCACCUCAGCUGAGCCGGCUGAGACAAAGGUGGAGGACGGUGAUGGAGCUUCGUCUGGCUGUUCUGAAGUUGAAAACGAGGACAGCGAGGACGAGUGGACGGCCAGCGUGGGGUCUCCGAGUGACAACAGCGACAGCGGCAGUGACGGCACGAGCAAAUGGAAACAGAAGAAGAAGGGUCCUCGUUUACAAAUGGCUCUGAAACUGCAUCCGGAGAAAACAACAAGAUCACGAAUCUGCUGUAAAGUCUGUGGGAAACCCUUCCACGCCACCGUCUCCUUGGUGAAUCACAUGGAUGUCCACCCCAAGGACGUCUGCGGCGUCUGUGGGGAACGUUUGGAGACUGAGGAGAGCUUUCAAGUUCACGUGAAGACACACGUGAAAGCUGAAAUCUGCAGCGUUUGUGGGAAGUGUUUCGGUGGAUCCAAGUCUUUGGCGACGCACAUGCGGAUCCACACAGGAGAGAAACCGUUCGACUGCAGCGAAUGUGGGAAAUCCUUCAACUGCCACCACAACAUGAUGCGACACAUCAGGAUACACACGGGGGAAAAGCCCUACGUCUGCUCCGUGUGCGCCAAAUGCUUCAAUGACUACUCCACGUUAAAGCGCCACCUGCGGGUUCACGUGCACAAGAAGCACCUCAACCGCGAUAACACAAACGAGAAAGAAAGUGGCAACGACGGCAUGAGGAAGGUCAAGAACCCGUCGUUAAAAAAGCAGCAGACUCGGACCAUAUGUGAGGUGUGUGGGAAAAUGUUCCACUCCAUGGUUUCCCUGGUGAAUCACGCCAAAAGCCACUCCACCGACCUGUGUGGCGUCUGUGGGACACAUUUCGAUUCAGAGGAAAACUUAAAACUUCACCUGAAAACUCACAAGAACGGGAAGGUCUGUGACGUGUGCGGCAAGUGCUUCGACAGCCAGGGGAACCUGGAGAUGCACAUGAGGAUCCACACGGGGGAGAAGCCGUUUCUCUGCAGCGAGUGUGGGAAGUCCUUCAACUGCCGACACAACAUGAUGCGACACAUUAGGACCCACACGGGAGAGAAGCCGUACCUGUGUAACACGUGCGGACGCUCUUUCAGCGACCACUCCUCGCUGAAACAGCACGGCAGCACGCACACCGGGGAGAAGCCGCACCGCUGUGACGUGUGUGGGAAAGGCUUCCACCGAAAGACGUACGUGAGGCUGCACAUGAAGAGUCACACCACUGCUAAAUGACCCUCUGUCAAUGAGGGGAGGUGUAAAUAAAGCUUUUCUAGGUGGAAUGUCGUCUCUCACAAACUUUAUCACGACGGUUAUGUUCACUGCACCAAUCGAUCAUUACACACAGCGAAUGAAAUGACGUGAGAGGUGCGGCUCAUCCUCAGGUUGCAGAUAGAAAUUAUUACCAGCACUUUGUAUUUUCAUCAUCGUUCCAUCGCCUCAGUUUUUACAAUCCAACAUUUAGAAAACAGAUUCCAGUCCGAGCGGAGACACUUUGGAGCUCUGAGUCCCUUCAUGUGUAAAACAAUCACACGUUUUCAUCACCAACCUUAAAGCGAUGCUAUGCCAACUUUUUCUAACUUGUUAUAUUCCCUCGUUACAUUUCUACUUUGGUAAUUUCACAUUUUGCUUUUGAAUAAUGUUUCUGUAAAUGUUUUUCUUUAACUUUCAGUCGACUGCAUCACGUUCUGAGGUUUGCAUCAAGUUUAAUGUGCAACACAGACCUUCCUCUAUUUGCUGUAGAGUUCUCACGCAGCUCUUAUGUUGGACAGUGGUGUUGUCUGAAAGUCUCACAAUGUGCCUUUCAAGGAGUUCUUUCUAAUUUAUAUCAGUUUGACCUCAGAUCAGAUUGUGUUAGGAUGUAAACAGAGAGAUCCUCUGGAGAUGAGGAGUGGCGGUUGGAACCGAGGUCUCGUGCUCAGACGUCUGCUGAGCUGAGACUCUGUCGACUUCCUGUUGGAGAAUAAAGUGUUUUAGAAUUCACUUUAUGACCGAGUUCACUUUGUUUGACAGAGAAGACUGAGGAGUCACAGCAGUUUACAGACAUGAGGAUGUAUAUUUUUAUAUAUUUUAUUUAUUAUUUGUAAUCCUUUAUUUAAGCAGAGAGGCCACAUUGAGGUACAACAUCUCUGAAAGAUGUCGAUUCAUUGAAAUAUGAGUGAAAAGCAAAGUUUAGUUUUCUCCUGAACUGCACAUGUGCAUUUCUCCACAAAGAUGAUCAAGAAGCGAGACGUCUCACUCGCCACCUUCAAUCAUCAGUUUGACAACUGACAAUGAAUAUACUGGUUACCUGUUUGAACUCAAUUCACAUACUGGGGAGGAGUCACUGAGUCAUAUUAACCAUUGUUGAACUGUGAAUCACUACAUGUACUAAUAUCACAGAUCUACAUCCAGAGUUUUAAUAAAUCACUUUCUGAAAUAAACACGUUUUUCUGGAGCUGAUGAUAGAAAAAGUUAACGAGUGUCUUGUCUCUGUUGGAGGGCUCUGCUCUGAUUGGUCGACAGUCAAGCGAUGACUCAGGCUCCAGUGAAACCAGUUCCCAAACAAAACACUACAACUGGUUUCACUAGUUUGUACCAACCUGAUGGUGAUGAAGACAUUCAUCACUCAGACUCAGGGUCCAGAUCAAACACAUAGAAUAAGACACUUACUCAAAUAUUAUAUUAUCAUAACUUUAUUUAUAUAGAACCUUUCAAAACACAGGAGCUCUGCAAAUGUAAGAUGAAAAACCAUUGGAAAUUAUUAAAAGCCAUUUGAAGCUCACACGACAUUAGAGCACAAACACAAAGAUAAAAAACGGUACAGGUACUGAAACUAUUUUCCUGGAUGUUCAUGAACGGUUUUCCCCGAAACCUUCUUCCUCAGGAAGUCGUUAAUCGAGUCCAGAUGGAACGUUGCUAAGACGACUUCCUGGUUAAAGUUAUUUUUAUCCUCGGUAACUGUCACAUUCACAAACACAUGAAAGUGAAACUAAGAUUUAGUUUCUUUGAUAGUAAAUUUCUCUUUCACCAAAGAAAUUAUUAAUUUAUGAUUCAUUUCUUUCUUUUGCUUCACAAUAUUUUAGUUUAAUUUCUGUCUUGUCUCAUUUAUAUGUUUAUUAUUCUUUCCACAGUAUCUUGAUCUAUAAAUACCAUUUUAUUUGUGCAUUUUUAAAUUGUUCAAUAAAAAACUGAAAGACUCA